AAACCAUUAUAUUCUCUCUCACACACAGUUUCUCUCUAUAGUCAGGACCAGUUGGAUGAGUUGUUUAUAAUUUGAAAAGUGUGAAGGCAGCCAACAAACUUGGGGGGUUUCUUCUUGUUUUAGUUCUUCUGUUUUGUAUGGACAUGAAGGAACAUUCAGUUUCCUGGACAAAACACAUGAAAGACUCAUUUUUUGCAGCUCCCCACACAACAAGACAACACCAAUGCAUACAAACAACCUCACAAAAUCAUUCCCUGAAAUUGGAUUCUUCUACUUCCCAAAAUACUCUACUACUACUACCUAUGAUACCUUCUGCCUUUGUUGUUUUCUUUCUGCUUGUUACUUCAAUUAGUCCAGUUUUGUCACACCCCAUUGCCUCAGAUUCAGUACUCUCUCACUCCAAUGCUACCCAAACUUUUAGGCCAGGUGUGGAGUUGCAUAAGUUGAGGAGAAUCAGAGCUCUACUGAGGAAGAUUAACAAGCCUGCAAUCAAGACAAUUAAGAGUCCAGAUGGGGAUUUGAUAGAUUGUGUUUUAUCUCAUCAGCAACCAGCUUUUGACCAUCCUGAACUCAAAGGAAAAAGACCAUUGGAUCCACCAGAAAGGCCUAAGAGAAAGAGCAACUUCACCAAUGGAGAAUCAGUAACAGAAAGUAUUCAGCUUUGGACUGUUUCUGGUGAAGUGUGUCCAGAAGGAACUGUUCCAAUCAGGAGAACAACAGAGCAGGAUUUUCUAAGAGCAAGCUCUAUCAGAAGAUUUGGAAGAAAACCAAGAGGUGUACGGAGAGAUUCAUCUGGCACUGGUCAUGAGCAUGCAGUGGUUUUUGUUAAUGGAGAUCAAUAUUAUGGAGCCAAAGCAAGCAUAAACGUGUGGACACCCACAGUAACUGAUCAAUACGAAUUCAGCUUGUCUCAGAUAUGGGUUAUUGCUGGAUCAUUUGGUAAUGAUCUGAAUACACUAGAAGCUGGAUGGCAGGUUAGUCCUGAGCUAUAUGGGGACAACUAUCCUAGGUUCUUCACUUAUUGGACUACUGAUGCAUAUCAAGCCACUGGAUGCUACAACUUAUUAUGUUCAGGAUUUGUCCAAACAAACAACAAGAUAGCAAUAGGAGCUGCAAUCUCCCCAAGAUCUGCUUAUAAUGGCAGACAAUUUGAUAUUGGCAUAAUGGUUUGGAAGGAUCCAAAGCAUGGACAUUGGUGGCUGGAGUUUGGAUCAGGACUGUUAGUUGGGUAUUGGCCAGCAUUCUUGUUCAGUCACUUGAGAAGCCAUGCAAGCAUGGUUCAAUUUGGAGGAGAAAUUGUGAAUUCCCGUUCAAGGGGUUACCACACUGGCACCCAAAUGGGCAGUGGCCAUUUUGCUGAAGAAGGUUUUAGAAAAGCAGCUUAUUUUAGAAACCUUCAAGUGGUUGAUUGGGACAAUAACUUGCUUCCUCUCUCAAACAUGCACCAAUUGGCUGAUCAUUCCAAUUGCUAUGACAUAAGAGAGGGAAGAAACAAUGUUUGGGGGACUUACUUUUACUAUGGAGGUCCUGGAAGAAAUGUGAGAUGUCCAUGAAGAAAAUGCUUUUUUGUCAUAAAUAUAUAUAUUCUUUUUUUUUCUUCUCCCACUUUCUCUUUUCUUUUGGGGAUUUUGCUCUCACUACAUGGUUUGGCUGUAUUUGUUAAUUUUGCCAUAGUUUUUAUUUUUUGCUAACAUGUUAUUAGAGACAGUCUGUUUUGUUAUUAGGGAUGACAUGAAUGUGCAAAAAAUAUGUUGUUAAUUUAUAGUAAUAUUGAAUCAAGAGGUGCUAUGUUUGUUCCUAUAA